GUGUCUGUAACAUCUUGGGUUGGUGUCUCUUGCCGCUCGUUCCCGUUUUCGAAAUCGAUGUCCGAAGACAAUGAGCUGGGUGCUUCGCAAUCGGGACAGGCUGUGUCAAAAGUCCCUUUGGAUGUCUGGCACCUGGUUACCGCUUGGCUUGAGCCUUUGGGCCUCCUUAAGCUAUCAAUGGUAUCUCUCCCACACCGUCAGAUGUGUGCCGCACGUUCUGUACUGACAUUCUGUCUUGUUGGGAGACAUCGAAAUGGCUGUAUGACAUACUCAUGAACGAUCGCUACAUAUGGAACCGCGAAGCGCGCCGCCUUAUGACACAGGAAUCCGUAUUGACCGCACCCAUUCCUCUUGACGAAAUGUCAAUGAAAGAUCUCCGAAAUUUCUCACUCCAUCCAUAUCGCUUUCGUGCUAACUUGUUGCGCGGAACGAUCGAAAUCUCUCGCGAACGCGAAUUCGAAUUGGGUGGCCCUUCCUUACGGAACUCCAGGUGUCUUCCUGGUGGACGGUAUGUCGUUGGUCUAGGGAAGGCUGAAGGCAGCGCGUGCGAGCUGCUUUGCUGGGACCUGAAGGACACUAGAACCGAGAGGGUCUUGAAUCCCGUGGCACGUUUCAUGUUGCCUUCAUCAAAUCUCAAUGGGUGCUAUUUUCAAUUCGGCGUGGAACACGGUCAUAGGAGCUACAUAACAUUCUCCGUCCUUUGCAGUGUUGGCCGACUUCACACAUCUUGGACUCACGAUGUAGUUCGCCUGGAAUGUGUUCAGAAUUCUGAUGGUCCUGUUAUGAGAUUUGUCAAAGUUGGGGGCUUGACCACCUCGCAGAUAUUUGGUGAUAAGGAUCAAAGGACCAGAUAUGCAGGUCUAGGGUAUUUUGACGGAACAUAUGUCGUAAUCCCGUAUUGGCCUCGUUUCGUUGUCUGGGACUGCGCGAAUGAUGCUUGGUUCUCACUCGAUCUGGAUGCGGAUGUGUGUCUGAAAUCACUUUUCAUUCCCCAUGCGAUCUUAACUUUCUCCCAAAGGAUCAUUUCUUAUGGAUCUUUGACGAUGAUUUAUAUAUCCUCCGCGGGUGGAAGCUCUGCAGAUACAACAUCAUUGGUCGUUUUGGAAGCACAUCACUCCCUAUCCGACAGUGGGACUUCGAGCCCGAAUUCUUUGAUCUUGAUUUUCAAAAGGAAAGGGGAUCUAUCACCAGGGUGACUGGGUCAAGGAUGUCAGCGCCGUUUUCAUCCACUCUGCAUGCGCUGCAACUGGAGAAGGAGAGCGGAAAUCAAUUUGUACUCUUCAUCCUUGAUCUCCCUCCUAGAAAUUCAGGCCCAGUGGGAGGGUUCACAUCCCCCGUCCUUGUACGUCAAUCCUCGAUUGUCCGGGAGCACAACACGCACCAUGGUCGCCCCUCACGGCAUGCCCAACCUGGGGUCUGGCUUUUCCCUGACGACGUUCUAUUCCAUUAUGAUGUUGAUCUC